GCUGGGGCCGCGGCGGGGCCGGGAGCCUGGCCCGCCCGCCGCAAUAUUGAUGGCCCGUCACAGUGGCCCUGAUUCCUGCGCUUUCAGUUAAAAGGUUUCUGUUGUUGUAGCUUAUGCAGUUGCUCUGUUGCUAUGGAAACGUGACAUCAAAAUGACGUUUCCCGUUUAAAAGCUUUUAACUAAAUUCCUGCCUGUCAGAUGUAGGCCCCAUUUUGAGUGCGGAGCUGCCUGCCCGGCGCGGGGCUCCCGUGCACGGAGCUCGCGGGCCGUGGGCCGCCCCGCGCCCCGCAGGCGCCCCAGCAUGGCCGCGGCCGAGGUGCCCGUGCGCCUGGCGUCCCCGCAGGCGGAGAAGCACCGGCGGGCCCGCAACUGGACCGACGCCGAGAUGCGCGGCCUGCUGCUCGUCUGGGAGGAGUUCUUCGACGAGCUCAAGCAGACCAAGCGCAACGCCCGGGUGUACGAGAAGAUGGCCAGCAAGCUGCUGGAGAUGACUGGCGAGCGCCGGCUGGGCGAGGAGAUCAAGAUCAAGAUCACGAACAUGACCUUCCAGUACAGGAAAUUAAAAUGCAUGACAGAUAGCGAGUCCGUCCCGCCCGACUGGCCCUAUUACCUAGCCAUUGAUAGGAUUCUGGCCAAGGUCCCCGAGCCCGGCGACGGCCAGCUGCCGGACGGCCAGCCGCCGGGGCCCUCCGCGUCCCAGACCGAGGAGUCCCUGUCGCCGUCGGCUAAGUCCACCCCUCUGUACUUACCGUAUGACCCGUGCUCCUACGACGGCGGCCUCCACCUCCAGGACGGACACUCCUCCAGCUCCUCCAGCUCACUGUCCCUUAAGUUCAGGUCGGAGGAGCGGCCAGCGAAGAAGCGCAAGGUGCAGAGCUGCCACCUGCAGAAGAAGAAGCUGCGGCUGCUGGAGGCCAUGCUGGAGGAGCAGCGGCGGCUGGGCCGUGCCGUGGAGGAGACCUGCCGGGAGGUGCGCCGUGUGCUGGACCAGCAGAGCCUGCUGCAGGUGCAGGGCCUGCAGCUGCAGGAGCGCAUGAUGAGCCUGCUCGAGCGGCUGGUCGCCAAGGCCAGCGGCUAGGGCCCCGCGGCCCCCCUCCA